AUGUACGCCCGCUGGGCUAACAUUCUUCGGGAGUACGAGUUCGAGAUCGUUCAUCUAAGUGGUCUCAAGAAUCUUGACGCGGACGGGCUCUCACGCAACCCGAUCCCCUUAGAUCAUGACUGGACCGAUGCUCGGAUGGAUCACACUCCUAGUAACGUCUCUCACAUCGCGGCAUGCUUGGCCCGCCUGAUUGUUGGAUCCGAUAACACUCCGUCAGCUAUGCUGGCCCUCAUUCCUGCCGCUCCUGAGCGUGAGCCGUCUAAUGUUGAUAUGCCCGUCAAGCUCGACCGCAACAUCUGGCAUGAUGCUCCCGUGAUCGAGUUCCUGCGGGUCGGUAGCUACCCACCUGAUGAUUCGAGCCAGGUUCGGGACCGCAUCUGGCGCCGUGCCCAGGGUUAUCACAUCGAGCACGACUUGUUGUGCAGAUGUGUCGACGGCUAUGGGUCAAAGAUUGUGCCCAAGCCCGACCAGCGCGCAAACCUGAUUCGCCGAGUCCACAUGGACAUUGGACACUUCGGGGUCAAGAAGACCUACUCACUGCUCGAGCCCACAUACUCGUGGGUCAGCAUGUUCGGCCAGGUCGAAACUGAGGUCAGCUCCUUCGUCGUCUGUGACCGUGUCAAGGCCACCUUCGAGGUGAAGGGUCCCACACUGAUACCUCUGCCAAUCAUGGGCAUGUUCUACCGUUGGGGUAUUGACUUGUUCGAGAUGCCAAUCAAAUCGACUGCCGGCAAUGAGUACGUGGUUGUGAAGACCGAACAUUCCAACAAGUGGAUCGAGAUCUUUGCUAUACCAGCCAAGAAAGCUGAGUACAUUUGCGAGAAGUUCAUUGAGGUCCUGGCCCGCUUCGGCUGCCAUCCGAGCCGAGACACGUCGCUGGGGGGAUACUCGUACUACCUGCUGUAUGGGCGCCACCUCGUCGUGGGCAUGCGCAUCCGGAACAUUGUGAGCGAGCCCAUCGACCUCGACUCACCCAUGAAGAGCGCCAGGACCCUACGGGACCGCGCUGAGUUGUUCAAGACGGCCAUGCCUAUGGCGUUCGACAACCUGCUGAUCGCCCAGCACAUGGUCCGGUCUAGCGACAUCAAGCCGAAGAUGAAAGGCUUCGAGAAAGGGGACUAUGUCUACCUCCGGCACCAGUCCAAGGAUACCAUGGAAGUCGACAAGGGUCGAAUCAUCUUGCGUGUGAAGCAGUUGCUCAGCACUGGCCGCCUGCUGCUGGAAGGCCGUGAUGGCAAGGCUAUCAAAGAUCAUGUUGAGACCCGUGCGCCCGGCCACAAUCCGAACAUUGAUCCAUGGCAAAACCCAGCAUUUGCUGAGGAAAAGGACCAGGCCUGCGAGGUCUGCCACGAAACGGCUGCAAACCGCCGCACCGGACCCAUGCUUCUAUGCGACAGCUGCGAUUCGGGCUGGCACAUGAAGUGCCUGACACCGCCCGUCAAGAAACCGCCCCAAGGUCGAACUGGUUCUGCCCGCGUUGUCCUCUCAACCGCCCUCAGACCUAAGGCGUGUUGGCACAUACCACACUGCGACUCCCUGGUGUCCGCUCAGUCGAGACGACUUCGCCCAAUAGGGGGGAGGGAUCAUGAUGAUGUGUGUGAUGCAUAUGAGUGA